CGACUCGUGCACUCGGCCCCGUCGUGUCCCGCUCACCAACGUACACUCAUAAGCGGGCAAUUCCUUGCAGUUUGUUAUGGCCAACGAUGACCUUUACAAUCUUGAAUUCCUCUCUCUAGUCAACAAAAUCACACAGGAAAUCUCAAACCACGUCGGCAUAAAUGACAAGACCCUCGCUGAGUUCGUCAUCUCCCUUCACGAUGAGUCGAAGAGCCUCGCCGAAUUCAAGCAGAGGCUCCAGGAUACAGGCUUGGAAGGCUCUGUCAUCGAGAAUAUGGACCGGCUCAUCCUUACCCUCCACCCAAAACACAAGAAGAAGACCAAGUCUGCCGCAGCCCAGCUCUCAAAUGGUGACGGAGUAGAUGACAAGCAGAGGCGUCUCUUCCCGGGUCUCUCCAUUCCCAACCAGGACGUUACGAAGGAUGCUUUGAUGAAGGAGGUUGACGACAUGAUGGCCCAGUUCGAGACGGCCUCCAAGAAGCCCAAGGUCGCCGACGUCGACGAACGCCCUGCGAAGAAACCUCGCAUGGACCGCUCGAGGUCACGUUCUCCCCCGCGUCGCCGGAGUCCCGACCCGUACAGGAGGAAUGGAUACGAUGAUAACUCGAGCAGAGGCCGUGGACGGGGCAGACCCCAGGUUGACGAGCGUCCAGUGCUGUUCAAGAUUUACGAUGGCCGUGUCAAUGGCAUCAAGGAGUUCGGCGCCUUUGUUCAGCUUGAGGGAGUGGCCGGUCGUGCUGAAGGUAUGGUUCACGUCUCUAAUAUCCAGCAGGGCGCGCGCGCAAACGCUGCCUCUGACCUGCUCAGCCGUGGUCAAAGCGUCAAAGUCAAGGUCAUGAGCGUAGCAGGGACCAGAAUAGGCUUGUCAAUGAAGGAUGUUGACCAGGUUUCCGGUCGCGACCUCACACCUCACCUUCGAAUAAAGUCGGAGGCCGAAGUGGAGGAGGAGAGAAGACAGGCUGCUAGAGCUGCUUCGUCAGGAGCCAACGCGCUCCCAUUGAACGCAAAAGACGACAAGCCCGUUCGAUCCGCGAAGCGUCUCACUUCGCCCGAACGUUGGGAGAUCAAGCAACUGAUCUCUUCCGGUGUCAUCCCAGCUUCAGAGUAUCCAGAUAUCGACGAGGACUUCAGCAAUCCUCUCGCUCGUGCGGAAGUUGAAGAAGAGCUUGAUGUUGAAGUCAAGGAGGAGGAAGCACCGUUUCUUGCUGGACAGACGAAGCGAUCUUUGGACCUCAGUCCAGUCAAAAUCAUCAAGGCUCCAGAUGGCUCGUUGAACAGGGCUGCAUUGUCUGGUGCAUCUCUAGCUAAAGAACGUCGUGAGCUCCGCCAACAAGAGGCAAAUGAGGAGGUUGACUCUCAGACACGGGACUUCAGCGCUCCGUGGCUCGACCCAAUGGCGAAGGAGGCCGACCGUAUGUUUGCGCAGGACCUAAGAGGCAACCUGAAGGGCCAGAAAGCAGGCGAGGUUCCCAAGUGGAAGGAGCAAACAUUCAACAAGGCUACUACUUAUGGCGAGAUCACGAGUCUGAGCAUACAGGAUCAGAGGAAGACCCUGCCUAUCUACAAACUCAGGGACCCUCUACUGAAGGCAAUUGCUGAGCACCAAGUUCUCAUCGUUGUCGGUGACACGGGUUCGGGCAAGACGACGCAGAUGGUACAGUACCUUGCGGAAUCUGGUUUUGCUGACAAGGGGCGGAUAGGCUGCACGCAACCUCGACGUGUCGCAGCCAUGUCCGUAGCAAAACGUGUUGCAGAGGAGGUUGGAUGUCGUCUCGGGCAAGAGGUCGGGUAUACCAUCCGUUUUGAAGACUGCACGAGCCCGGAGACGAAGAUUAAGUACAUGACGGAUGGUAUGCUGCAGCGAGAAUGUGUCAUCGACCCGCUUUGUAGCUCAUAUUCGGUCGUCAUGCUGGAUGAGGCUCACGAACGGACGAUUGCGACUGACGUGCUAUUUGGUCUUCUCAAGAAGGCUGUCAAACGACGACCUGACUUAAAGCUGAUUGUCACGUCAGCAACCCUCGAUGCCGAGAAAUUCUCGAAGUACUUCUUUGGAUGUCCCAUCUUCACCAUUCCUGGCCGAGCCUAUCCCGUUGAAAUCCUGUACACCAAGGAGCCGGAAAGCGACUACCUCGAUGCCUCUCUCAUCACCGUCAUGCAAAUCCAUUUAUCAGAGCCCCCCGGCGAUGUCCUUCUCUUCCUUACUGGUCAGGAAGAGAUCGACACAGCCUGUGAAAUUCUCUAUGAACGCAUGAAGGCUCUUGGACCGAAGGUUCCCGAACUCAUCAUCCUCCCUAUCUACUCUGCCCUUCCCUCUGAAGUUCAAUCCCGUGUCUUCGAGCCCACACCACCAGGUGCUCGUAAAGUCGUCAUUGCAACAAACGUUGCUGAGACGAGUCUGACGAUUCCUGGUAUUUACUAUGUCAUUGACCCCGGCUUUUCGAAACAGAACGCAUACGAUCCUCGGCUUGGCAUGGACUCGCUUGUGGUUAUGCCGAUCUCUCAGGCGCAAGCUCGGCAGAGAUCUGGUCGUGCUGGACGUACGGGCCCUGGAAAGUGCUAUCGUCUGUAUACCGAAGCAGCAUACCGUAACGAGAUGUUGCCAACAUCUAUCCCCGAUAUUCAAAGGACAAAUCUUGCGCAUACCAUCCUGCUUCUAAAGGCAAUGGGCGUCAAUGACCUGCUCAGCUUCGACUUCAUGGACCCUCCGCCUGCUCAGACUAUGCUGACUGCCCUUGAAUCGUUAUAUGCACUCUCAGCACUCGAUGACGAAGGAUUGUUGACUCGUUUGGGUCGCAAGAUGGCAGACUUCCCCAUGGAACCGUCGUCCGCGAAGAUGUUGAUCGCGUCUGUCGAGCUAGGCUGCUCGGAGGAAAUGCUUUCAAUCGUCGCCAUGCUUUCCGUGCAGACCGUCUUCUACCGACCCAAAGAAAAGCAGGGUCAAGCUGACGCUAAGAAGGCGAAGUUCCAUCAGCCGGAAGGUGACCAUCUGACGCUUUUGACGGUCUACAAUGGUUGGAAGGGUGCCAACUUCUCGAAUCCUUGGUGCUACGAAAACUUCAUUCAGGCAAGAAGUAUGCGGAGAGCACAAGAUGUACGCAAGCAGCUUGUGGGUAUCAUGGAUCGGUAUAAGCAUGACAUUGUUUCCUCCGGGAAGGACUACAACAAGGUCCGCAAGGCUAUUUGCUCUGGAUUCUUCCGGAACGCUGCCAAGAAGGAUCCUCAAGAAGGCUACAAGACUCUAGUUGAAGGCACACCCGUAUACAUUCAUCCCUCAUCCGCACUCUUCAACCGCAACCCAGAAUGGCUGGUUUACAACGAACUCAUCUUAACAACAAGAGAGUAUUGCCACAAUGUUAUCACGAUCGAGCCAAAAUGGCUGGUUGAAGUCGCACCUCAGUUCUUCCGUGUCGCAGACACGAACAAGAUCAGUAAACGGAAACGGCAGGAGAAGAUUGAGCCGCUGUUUAACAAGUACGAGAAGCCUGAUGAAUGGCGUCUGUCCAAAGUCAAGCGUAGUGCACGCUCGAGUCAAACCUUCGGAUAAAUGGUUCGAUGCGGGGUUUCUUUGGGUUGUCAUGUAUGUUUUGUAUACGUAGAACACAUAAUGCUCUAAUUUUACAAUAAGCACCACACGGGUAGCUUCUACUGUAUUCAACCGGCGUGAGGUGAAAGGCCCUUGGCUACGGGCUGGGAGGCAAAAUGGGUAAGCCAUUGCCGGAGACUGGGCAGUUUUAGAAGCGAAGAAGAAGUCAUUUCGCUGAGUGUAUGCAUGGUGCUCUUGUCUUGUCUCGUAACGAUGAAGUGGACAUGACGUGCGCGUACGAUAAAGCGUCAUCCUACGAAGCGCAUGGCGUCCGCAUCGAUGUAGUACUUGGCGACUUCACCAGCCUUGGCUACGGGUGCUGUGGGGUCGGGCACGAGCAUGAAUGUUUGGAAGAAGACUCGAGGCUGGUCCUCAAUAGACUUGGUGUUGGCCGCGGUGGUGUUAGCCGAAGCUGCUUUGCCGUGUGUCACAGUGCCCGAUACUGUCACGAGCAGGGAGGGUGGCUGGGAGCCGGGGAUGGGGUGACAGUCGUAGGAUUGAACGUCGUGUUUUGUAGUGGGCAUGUCCUGUAUGAGCUUGGUGAUGCCCUCGACGCCCUGGCUAGGGUUUCCGUUCCAUGUGAGCGUGGAGGAUGGACGGUAGAGCUUUGGGAGGUCGUCGAUGCGCGUCGGGGAGUCGUAUGUGGAAUAGUAGAGCCGGGUGAACUGGUCCGCUGCGCGCGAGGAGAUCUCGAUGUCUUCGCGGGUGAACGUCGUACUCAUCGUCGCCGUGGAGCGUGCAGUGGGACCCUGCUG